CACGCUAUCUCUGGCAGUCAUGUGACUCUGGUCACGUGCCCCUUCCGGUACGCCCUUUCACGCACUUUACGGCUGUUGCUAAACGCUGCGAGAGCCACCAGACGGAAGUGGAUUGUGGCGUUUGUUGCCAUGAGACCGCAGGCAGCUGUGGCUGGGAAAGUCUUUGUCCAGAGAGACUACACCAAUGGCACCCUGUGUCAGUUCCAGACCAAGUUCCCCUCGGAGCUGGAGACCCGGAUCGACAGACAACAGUUCGAGGAGACUGUACGGACACUGAACAACCUGUACGCAGAAGCGGAGAAGCUUGGGGGCCAGUCCUAUCUAGAGGGCUGCCUGGCCUGCCUUACUGCCUACACCAUAUUCCUGUGUAUGGAGACACACUAUGAGAAGGUUCUGAAGAAGAUUGCAAAGUAUAUUCAGGAGCAAAAUGAGAAGAUCUAUGCCCCGCAGGGCCUGCUUCUGACUGACCCCAUUGAAAGGGGCCUUCGAGUGAUUGAGAUUACCAUCUAUGAGGACAGAAGUCUGACUGGCAGAUAGGACAGGUGAUUCGUCUUCUGUGUUGUAAAUACUUUUCCGCUGCAAGACCGUCCUCCCUGACAUUCCUUCAGUUGCCAUUCCCAUGUGAGCAGCACAUCCUUACUGUACCUCAUGGACCCAGUACCCCCUUCCUGUGCCAAUCUGUGACCCUGCCAGAUUUGCCCUUUUUUUUUGGAAGAUGGCAUCUUCUCCUCCGGGACCUGAUGAGAGAAGGUUGACUAUGGCUCAGCAGGACGGACAUCAUCCGGUGGGGGUAGUGCCAAGAUUUACACCUCCUUUAAUGCUGUGACUUUUUUUUUUUCUUCUUGCGGUCACUUAAUUAUUUUUAAGUAUAUACAGUAAGGAUGUAUACAGUGAUAACUUCAGGAAAUCAGGCUGGUGUGCGGCUGGACUGUGCUUGUGCCAGGUUGCUACCCAUCAGUCUCUAGAUGGAUUAUUUGUAUUAUUACCAUUGUCAUUUCCCCUUUGUGUUUUCUCUUUUUAUGCCCCUCCCUAUUUUUUUGGAUUAUUACAUUUUUGGUAUUUAUAAUAUAUGUUUAGCAGCGAAAGGUUUGUGAAGGUAAUACAUUGAAUAAGACUGUGGUGGUUUUAAAUACCGUAUUUUUCGCCGUAUAAGACUCACUUUUUCUUCCCCCAAAACUGGGGG